CACAAACAAACACCCCCUAAUUAAUUACUUACUUCAUCCAUUUAGCCAGUGUUGGAUGCCAAAUCAUUUUCGUCUUCGUCGGUGUUUCGACAAUGACUUCGCACACUCUCCCCGCUGCUAACAGUCGCCUUUGCUCGAGCUCAAUUCCAUGGCGCCAAAGCCCUAGGAAUCUCCGUUCACACCUCUUCUCUUCGACAAUUUCGUUAAUUCGACGCCGUGGAGCUGCAUCGUUGAAUGCUUCUGCCGAUGGAGCGGUACAGUUUCCGUUUAAAAUUUGUGAGUGGAAGCUUGCGAAACCGAAGGCUUCUACGAGUCUUAGUCGGUCCUUAGCCGAAGGAGGCGGCUCCGAUGUGUUUCGAGAGCCAGGUUUUGUGGAGUUCAUUACUUCGGAGAGAGUGAAAGUUGUGUUCAUGCUCGCUUUGGCUUUGGCUCUCUGUAAUGCUGACCGCGUUGUCAUGUCUGUGGCGAUUGUUCCGAUUUCGAUCGCUCGUGGAUGGCGUCAAUCCUUCGCCGGCGUUGUUCAGUCAUCUUUUCUAUGGGGAUACCUGAUAUCACCUAUAGCUGGAGGGGCCCUGGUGGACUAUUAUGGUGGUAAGGUAGUCAUGGCUUGGGGGGUGGCUUUGUGGUCUACAGCUACCUUCCUUACUCCAUGGGCAGCAGAAUCCUCACUUUUGCUUUUACUUGCAAUGCGGAUGCUUUUGGGCAUUGCAGAAGGUGUGGCUCUUCCGUGCAUGAAUAAUAUGAUUGCAAGAUGGUUUCCUCAAACAGAAAGGUCAAGAGCUGUGGGACUUGCAAUGGCUGGAUUUCAGCUUGGAAGUGCUAUUGGGCUUACACUUUCUCCAAUUCUCAUGUCACAGGGUGGCAUAUAUGGACCAUUCGUAAUUUUUGGGCUGUCUGGUUAUCUUUGGGUUGUGGUUUGGUUAGCUGCAACCUCGAGCACUCCAGAUAGAAGUACUCAGAUAUCAUCUUAUGAACUGAGAUACAUACAGAGUGGUUCUUCUAGGCCCUCACUGCCAAAAAAGCAAAAGACAGGAAAUGUUGUUCCUCCUUUCAGGCGACUACUCUCAAAGCUACCCACUUGGUCUCUAAUUGUUGCAAAUGCUAUGCACAGCUGGGGUUUUUUUGUCAUACUUUCGUGGAUGCCAGUUUACUUCAAGACGAUAUUUUGUGUCGACCUUAGACACGCAGCAUGGUUUAGUGCUGUUCCAUGGAGUAUGAUGGCUCUUGCGGGCUACUUUGCUGGUGUAUUGUCAGAUGUGAUGAUCCAACGUGGUAUGAGUGUCACAGUGACUCGCAAAAUUAUGCAGACAAUUGGGUUUAUGGGUCCUAGCUUGGCUAUUAUUGGUUUAACAACGGCAAAAAGUCCCUUUAUCGCAUCUGCUUGGCUUACCAUAGCCGUUGGGCUGAAAGCAUUUAGUCAUUGUGGCUUCCUGGUGAAUCUUCAGGAGAUCGCACCGCAAUAUUCUGGUGUACUACAUGGUAUGUCUAAUACUGCUGGCACACUUGCUGCCAUAGUCGGAACCAUUGGAGCCGGUUUUUUUGUUGAGUUAGUUGGCUCCUUCCGGGGAUUUUUGUUGCUGACAGCAUUCCUAUAUUUCUCUGCUGCCUUAUUCUAUAACUUCUUCUCUACUGGGGAGAGAGUCGAUUUCGAUGCAUAGUAGUGUAGUCGAAGCCUAACUUCAGGCUGGCUCCAUGAAAGGUAUUUUGAAGCCACACAGAAAAUAAUACUCCUAUGUGUAAACACAUAUAUCAUGAAUCACUGUGGAUUGGAGGGUGGAGUAGAUAAGAUCUCUUUUGGAAUCG